AUGGCGAGAGAGACGAUUUUGGUGAGUGAUAAGCUAGUUGAUUCAGAGGGAUUGCCUGCGACUGAGGAAGUGGUGGGAGCUUCCGAGAUUGUGACCCCUGAUUCGAACUCAGGGUCCAAUGCUGCGGAGACUGAAACCCCACAAGAUAAACAACCACAAAUGGGUUUGGAUUUGAGAGGAUUGGCUUGCUGCGGAGGGAAGGCUUUCUUUGAUCUGAACAAGGGCUUGCAGAAGGAUACCAAAUGUGGAGAUGAAUAUCAUGAGAAUCCAGGGCUGCAAGGUGAGGUUUUGGGACCUCAUUGCCGUGUUGUUUCAAACAUGGUGGUGGGUGAGAGUGAAAAACUAAGUGGCGGUGGAGCUUCUGGCGAUUCACAGAGAUCAGACAUGGAGUCUCCAUGCCAUGAGUCUCAUGUUACUCAGGAUAAGUUGAAAACUGGUAAUACAAGCAGCCACCCAAAUGACGAACGGCUCAUCGAUGAAGAUUCUAAAGGAGCAGAGAGUGGCCCUUAUUGUGAAAGGAAUACUCCUUUUGAUCGUAAUGUUUCCUUGCAGAAGGAUGAUGAAUGUGGAUUUGAGAAUUUGGCGCCGCAAGUUGAGUUUUUGGAUCCUGAAUCUGAAUGCAAGGAUGUUUCAACCACGGUGGUAGAAGAGGGUGUUCUGCUGAGUAGAAAGCUAAGUUAUGGAGCUAGCUGUGAUCCACAAAGAUCAUCUAUGGGAUCUCCUUGCCAUGAGUCAUAUGUUGCUCAUCCGGAGGUGGGAGCUUCACCAUCUGAGGGCCUUCAUUCUGACAACAUCGGUGUUGGUAGUAUCGUCCAGGCACAUGAUGAAAGGCCUAUUAUGGAAGUAGAUCUGAGAGGAGUGGAAAGUAGUCCUCUCUGUGAAAGGAAUUUUCCAUUGAAUGAUACCUUGAAGAAGGGUGAUGAAUGUGUAGAUGGUCAUGACAAGAAUUUAGGGGUUGGAGCUGUGGUUUUGAAACCUGAAUCCCAUGUUAUUUCAACUAUGGUGGUGGCAGAGGGGAUUCCAGAGAGUAGAAAUCUAAGUGAUGACGCUUCCGGUGAUUCACAGAGAUUGUCUAUGGAAUCUUCUUUCCCUGAGUCCCUGGUUACUCAGCCUGAAGUGAGAGCUUCACAGUCUGACUGCCUUCAUUCUGACAACAUUAGCAUUGCUAGCACCAGCCAGCCACAUGAUGAACAACCUAUGGAUCUAGAUUCACGAGGACCUGAUAGGAGCCCUCACUUUGAAAGGAAUCCUUUGGUUGAUCUGAAUGAUGCCUUUCAGAAGGAUGAUGAAUGUGGAGAUGGUUACAGUAAGAAUGUAGGGACAGAAAUUGAGGUUCCGAAACCUGAAUGCCAUGUUGUUUCAACCAUGUUGGUGCUUGAGCGGGUCCCACAGAGUAGGCAGCUAACUGAUGGUGGAGUUUCUGAUGAUUCACAGAGAUCCUCUACGGAAUCUCCUUGCCACGGGACUCUUGUCCCUCGGCCUGAUGUGAGAGCUUCACAUUCUGAGAGUGUUUAUUCUGCCACCAUCGGCACUGCUAGCACUGGCCAGUCACACGAUGAACAGCCUGUGGAUGUAGACUCUAGAGGAGCUGAGAAUAACACUCAUUGUGGAAGGAAUGUUCCUUUGGAUCUGAAUGAUGCCAUGGAGAAGCGUGAUGAAUGUGGAAAUGGUCACAAUGAGAAUAGGCGGGCACAAGUUGAGGUUUUAGAACCUGAAUGCCAUAAUGUUUCAAUCAUGGUGGUGGAACAGAGGGUUCCAGAGAGUAGAAAGCUAAGUGGUGGAGCUUCUAGUGAUUCCCAGAGAUCAUCUGUUGGGUCUCUUUGCCAUGAGUCUCAUGGAACUCACCCUGAGGCGAGAGCUUCUAAGUCCGAGGGGCUUCAUUCCAUUGCCACUGCUAUCACCAGCCAGCCAAUUGAACAACAACCUAUGUUUCUAGAUACAGGAGGAGCAGAGAAUAGCCCUCAGUGCAAAAGGAAUGUUCCUGUGGAUAUGAGUGAUGCCUUGCAGAAGGGCGAUGAAUGUGGUGAUGGGUACAAGGAGAGUUUAAGGGCGGGCGUUGGAGUUUUGCUACCAGAAUGCCAUGAUGUUUCAACCAUGGUCGUGGUAGAAGGGGUUCAAGAGAGUAGAAAGUUAAGCUAUGGAUCUUUAGGUGAUCCACAGAGAUCAUCCGUGGAUUCUCCUUGCCAUGAGUCUCAUGUCACUAAGCCUGAGGUGAGAGCUUCACAUUCUGAGAGUUCAGCCACAAGAUUGGCCUAUAGGUACUUGUUCUGA